UUCUUUAAAAAAAGCAUGUUGGGAUAUCCAUUUGUUUUCGUCGCCAUUUUGGAUGUUGAUUCUGGGUAGCUUCAUCUGUCAGAAGAGCGAGAAGAAGUUGACGUAUCUGGCCAGUUAAUCGACACGUGCCUGCCGAUAAAUGACAUCAACACAAUGAACUCUUGACAGUAACGUUAGUGAGCAGACACCAGGGAGUAUAAAAACAGAAAUGGCGACGACGAAGGAUUCAAAACAACAAAAACGGAAGCAACUGAAAUUGAAGGCGGUGCCCCAGAAGACGAAAUUGUUUCGAGCAAGUGAACCCCUUAUGAGUGUGUUUAUGUGGGGUAUUAACCACACGAUUAAUACCUUGAACCAUGUUAGCAUCCCUGUUAUGCUCAUGCCUGAUGAUUUCAAAGCCUUCAGUAAAGUUCACGUCGACUACCACAAAUUCCACAAAGAAGCAAUGCCAAGUCACUUCAAGUUCAAAGAAUACUGCCCGAUUGUGUUCAGAAAUCUGCGGGAACGCUUCGGAAUUGAUGACCACGACUACAUGAAUUCCUUGACCAAGCCUCCGGAGGACAUUGAUUCUCCGGGCAGAAGCGGGGCCAGAAUGAUGAUGUCAAUGGACAAGAAAUACUUCAUUAAAACACUAGUCAGUGAAGAAGUGGAACAACUUCACCUCAUCCUGAAACAGUAUCACCAGUUCAUAGUGGAAAACCAUGCAAAGACUCUACUGCCUCAGUACCUAGGAAUGUACCGCAUCACCGUGAACGACACAGAGACGUAUCUAGUGGUCAUGAGAUGUGUGUUCAGUCCCCGACUCACCAUACACAAAAAAUACGAUCUCAAGGGAUCAACAGUUGACAGAUCAGCCAGUGAUAAAGAGAAAACUAAAGAGCUGCCUACUUUCAAAGACAAUGAUUUCCUGAAUGAUGGCGCCUCAAUUCACAUAGGAGCAGACAGCAAGGAGAAGUUGAUGACCAUGCUCAAAUCUGAUGUGGAGUUUCUAUCUAGUUUACACCUAAUGGACUACAGCCUUAUUGUUGGAAUACACGACUGCGAGCGGGCGGAGCAAGAAGCGUUGGAGAACUCAAAUCCAGACCUGAGUGCAAUGGAGGAGAACGACUCAGAGAAUGGCCUGGACGAUGACGAGUACUACGGUCCAGGGGGUGUCCCCACCCCCCCAGACAGCCCACAACCCGCUGUCUACUUGCCUUACACCGGGGAGCUGGACAGCGAGAUGGAGAGAUACGGGAUCAAAUCUAGUCCAGAGAGUCCAAGACGAGAAAUUUACUUUUUGGCAAUGAUAGACAUUCUGACAAAAUAUGGUGUGAAAAAACGGACUGCGACAGCGGCAAAGACCGUGAAACAUGGCGCAGGAGCGGAAUUCUCCACAGUCCGCUACGAUCAAUACGCAAAGAGAUUCCUGGAGUUCAUCAACAAGUGCAUAGAAUGAUGACCAUGAAGUUUGUGUUCUCAUUUUCACAGUGUAUACAAAUUAAGGAGAUGACAAUACUUUGUCCCCUAACUACUGUGUUACAAGUGACGGUCAGCAAAAGUCACCAUGUAAAAGCAUCACUUCCUGUUUGGGAGUUUGAAUGACACGUCACAUGGCACUAUUUUACGUCAAAGGUCUCAUUGCACUUGUGGUUUGUUUUUUUUUUUGAUUGCACACAGCAAGAUAAUUUUUUUUCCCAGUUAAUAAUUGUAGAAAAAGUUGCAACUUACAAAAAAAAUUAGAUGUUAUCCAUAUUCUGUUUUGCCUAACACAACAGUAAUUCCUCUGAAAAAAACCCCCCAAAAACUCUGCAGAAUUUUUACUAUACAUCUGGAGAUGUUUUAGGUGAAGAUAAUCAUACAUUUUUUGUACAAGGUUUAUUUUUUGUCUGGUGGUCUAUAAAAGUACUUAUGAUAUUUCCUAUGAGUUUAAACUUUAAAAUUUAAAUCAGUUUUUGAACUGAUUCAUGGAAAAAAAAAUUUAAAGUAGUAAAAAUUUAAAAAGAAAUAAAAAUUAAAAUGUGUCAUUACUUUUUAAGGGAUAGACAGUGCACAUAUUGGGUAAAACAAUCUGAUAUAGAACAGUAUACAUAAUGUUGUAUUGUAUGGGGUUUUAAAUGUCCAAAAUGUGAUGUAAUAUAUUGAUGUCAGUUUGUUGUUGUAUUACUGUUAUCAACCAUGACACACAGCAAUCGAUGCAAGAGUUAUCUUCCUUAACACGACAAAAUAAUUAAUAAUUCUUACCUGUCAAAAAAGAUUAAAAAAAACUACUACAUAUAACUGAUUAGUAAACCAAGGUUAUAAAUAUUCAUGUAGUGGACAUGUAUAUUAAUGAAGGUCAUGAUGCAUGAAAUUAUUGUAUUAUCUAUACAUUCAGCAUUCAGAUAUUAUCAUACCCGGUUUAGAUAUGCAUAUGCAUUGAAUGCAAAUGAUAGUAUUACAGAUGUAUACAAUUUAUGAUUUAGUUUCAGAAAUAUUUCAGGGUGUCAUAAUGUUAUUUGUCUCAUAUACUAACCAAUAUAUUGACAUAUUUUAUUUAUGAAUAGAUUUUAAAUGGACAGUAUAUCUUAUUCAUAGCUUCAUAUUAAAUUUAAAAAGGCUGUGUGGUCAUGACUAUUUUCAAGAUUCUAUAAACUUUCCAGAAAUAAGCGCUCUCUAUAGAAAUGUAAGGAAAUAUUCAAAUGGAAAUCCUUUAUAGUUAAAACAUUUUGUUUUCUUCUCUUUAUGAAAUUAAUAUACUGUUAAAGAAGACAUAUUAAUUAUUUAAGUGGAUCUUAUUAGUCCUCUGAUUUUUGGCAAUCCAACCUCCUUAAAAGCAGUUGUUUGUUUUAAAAACUAACGCCACAAGUUUUACUUAAGAAAGCUGGAUGGUCAAGGCAAUUUUUAAGGCUGUAUUUACCUCCUUUAGAUGAAGAGCCCUGUAUGAAGAUACAGGAAAUUGAUCAAAUUUUUAUGCAAAAAUGUUUGGAUAUUUUUCUUUUUACAAAAUAAUAGUUUAUGGCAAGUAAUAUUAUAUUCAAAAGUGUAUGGCAGAUCUGAUGGGUUAAAACCACCCAGCCUCUUUAAUUUGACAACACAUGGGUUUUGAUUUUAGUGUAGAGAAAAUUCAGAUUUUCACUUUUGUCUCAAAUUAAGUGCAUUUUUUACACCCUCCCUUUCGAAAACAAACUUUCCCUAGUAAGAUUUGAUAAUAAGAGCGAGUGGGAAUGAAUCCUUGUUAACUGAUGCACAAGUUACAUGGAGGACCAACUCAUAGGCAUAACUCAUUUUUUGGGGUGAAUUCAAACUCUUUUGUUUUGUGCACAGUAUUUAUCGCUAUGUACAUGGAUAUACCUAAUAACAAGGAGGAAUAGGAAAAAGAAGAAAAAUGGGUUUUGUAAUUCAGUUAUUAUUUAAAUCUGUAGCAAGAAGUUUUCGGUACUGUGUAGCAUACAUUGUUUAUCAUAGUUGGUCUCACCUGUAUGUAACUUUUCAUCUAGGAAGUUUGACUGGUCCUCGCCUACCCCCUUCUGAAUUCACCUCCCUAUCCUCAACUACAUAAACCAUACACAAAGAAAAUACAUAUACACAAAGAGUUAUAAAUUCAAAGUUUGUCAACAGAGUUAAAAAUGCAUUUAAAGAUGGCUGGGUGGUCAACAAACUUACCGUCAGAGCCACCUUAAAAUGUUAAACAUGAUUUUUAGAUUUUACAGAGCUCUCCUUGCAAAGGAGAUCAAUAUAGUCUUAAAAAAUGGCCAAGAUCAUCCAGCCCUCUUAAUAUAUUCAGACACAAUUUGAUUGGUCAUUUAAACAAUUGGUCAAUGAUUUAAGGGGAGGGUAGCAGGGUGGUGAGGUCAGGUGAGGUGAAGAAGAGGUCCUACUUGUACUUCUUUUGACUCAUCAUAAAUGUUUGUAUUAUAUAUGUGUAAUGUGCAAUGCCGUAAAAUUCACCAUAUUGUUAGUCCCAUCAUGAAUUAAUAACAAAAUCGCUUAAAUGCAUACUGUAAACCCCAUUAUUUCUGCAUUUUUCACCAUCAAUAUGUAUAUUAGAACAUGAAUACAUGCAGGUGUACGUGUAACAACACCACCUGGUUUUUGUGAGAGUACAUGUACGGAUCCAGAAAUUUUUUCCAGGGGAUGUUGGGGGAUAUUUGAGUUUUCCAGGGGGGUGUGAGAAAUGUUUUUGGCAAUUUAAUUACGAGUACGUAAAUUUAAGAAAUUUGAAUUUUCCAAGAGGGGCUCUGCCCACCCUUCACACCCCCCCCCCCCCCCAUCCCCUCUCUUCUAUAUCCACGCAAGGGGUACACUAGAUGGGGAGAUGUCUUGCUGUUUUUAGGUUAUUAAAAAUCUUGAACAUCUUUUGUAAAGAAACUGUGAUUAGUGAAAGGGGAUUAAAUUACCCAUAUUCUGUAGAUCUGUUUUUUUAAAAUACAUUUUUUCUUCUUUUUCUUCUUUUUUUUUUAAAUCCUGAACAAAUAAGAACAAUUUAAGAAAAUAUUUUGCUCCAUUGUUUCAUAGGGGGUUUCUUCGUUUUGUUUAAUAUAUUAUUUUGUUUUCUCUUGUUAUGAAAUGUAUAAUUAUUUACAACAAGUUACAGGAUAGAUAUAUAUAUAUAAUUUUUGCAUGCAAUAGAAAAAAAGAACAUGUACACAGCCAUUAUAUACAUUAAGUGCUAACUUAACUGGAUAUUGAAGUGCCAUCCAGUUUCUCAUCUUUUGAAUCCUGUCUCUUUUAUCAUCUGUGCUAGCAAGAUUAUCAUGCAUAUAAUUGCAAGGGGUAAACCCAUUUCUCGUGGUGUUUGACCAAAUUAUUGAGAUAUAGUAUCGGUUUUCUUUUGGGACAAUUGGGGGUUGGCUUUGUAAAGUUUGUGAAAGCCUAACAAAAAUCGUACCAUCUGCCUAGAAUUAUUUGAGUUGAUCUGAGUGAAUUUAGUUUAAGUUAGAUUGUAGGAGAAUUGUUUGAUUACGCAUUCACUGAAGUUUUCGUGAAUAGUCUUGAAUUCCAAUCUGUUUUGUAUUUCGAUCCAAAAAUUCAGAAAUGGUGCACUUUUUUUCAUUUUUUAUUUGUGUUGAUGUUUAAAUGGAAUAUUCACUUUUGAGAUUUUUUUUUUAUUGUUUAUAUAUGAAUCAAUAAAAUCAAUAGAAGAACUAACCUAAAUCAAUUUAAAAUUUAAUAAAUAUAAACUCGGAAAUGGUUGCUGAGCAUACAUUAUCUGAAGAAACUUGAGAUGAGAAAUGAUUUUUAGCAAGGGUAACUACUAAUGAAUUAGGAAAAUUGUUUACUGUCAUAUUUGUUUUCAAAUAUUGUAUUUUACUUAAAAAGUAUUCACAUUUUUUAUCACAAUGUAAUUCCGUGCAAUUUUACCUAGUUAUGUAUUUUUUGGACAAAAAUAAUAUAAACUUGUGGUGCAAACAUCUUUAAAAAGAAAUGAAAGUUGCAGUAGAAGUUCUCAAGCAUUCCCUGUCGAACGCACCAUACCGAUUCAAAUGACGUCACAUGAAUUAGUGUUCAUUAUGCUGGAGUUUGACGAUAUCGAAUAUUCAGCACUGUCCGAUCUAGAUUUAUAUGUUGUUGUAUGGCUCAACCUAUUGCUUCAUAUGUAUAAUAUAUAUGUAGGUAAUAAAGAUAUAACAACACUA